UCCGGCCCUCCCGAGAUGGCCACCCGGGCGGAAGCCCGGGCCGCGGCCUUUGGCGGGGCCGUCGUUGCCCUGCUGUCUGCCGCGCUCGCGCUGCUGGGGCCGCCGAUGAACGCAGCGCUGCAAAGAGUGUUUUCACCACGGGCAGCAUCCUCCGUGCAGGACAUGGACAGGACUUCCCUGCUGGUGAGAGCCAUCGUCCCCCCUCUGGGCGCCAGGAAGCACAAAGGGCAGGACGGAAGGAUCGGCGUGGUCGGGGGCUGUCAGGAGUACACCGGAGCCCCGUACUUCGCAGCGAUCUCGGCUCUCAAAGUGGGCGCAGAUCUGUCUCACGUGUUCUGUACCAAGGAGGCCGCGCCCGUCAUCAAGUCCUACAGCCCGGAGCUCAUCGUGCACCCGGUCCUUGACAGCCCGACUGCGGUGCAGGAGGUGCAGAAGUGGUUACCCCGGUUGCACGCCCUCGUCGUGGGACCGGGCCUGGGCCGCGACGAGCAGCUGCUGGGAAGCGUCCAGGGCGUUCUGGAAGCAUCCAAGGCCAGGGGCAUCCCCGUUGUCAUCGACGCGGAUGGGCUGUGGCUGGUGGCGCAGCAGCCGACCCUCGUCCAGGGCUACCACAAGGCCAUUCUCACUCCCAACCACGUGGAGUUCGGCAGGCUCUAUGAAGCGGUGUUCGGAGGCCCUGUGGACAGUGAGGACCAGGGCGACGCUGUGCUGAAGCUCAGCCAGGCCCUGGGCAACGUGACUGUGGUCCAGAAGGGAGCGCGCGACGUCAUCUCCGACGGGCAGCAGGUGCUCGUGUGCAGCCGGGAAGGCAGCGGCCGCAGGUGUGGCGGGCAAGGAGACCUGCUGUCGGGCUCCCUGGGCGUCCUGGCGCACUGGGCCCUCCUCGCUGGCCCGGAGAGAACACAUGGCUCCAGCCCGCUCCUGCUGGCCGCCUUCGGUGCCUGCUCCCUCACCAGGCAGUGCAACCACCAGGCCUUCCGGAAGCACGGCCGCUCCACCACCACCACCGACAUGAUCGCCGAGGUCGGAGCCGCCUUCAGGGAGCUCUUCGAGACCUGAGCCGCCGUGACGGGGAGCCCAGCGCCCCUGCCCAGGGACAUGCGGUCCACACAUGUGCAGGCUGCCUGCGAGGGGUGUAGUGGGGCGGAUCAGGGAGCAUGGCCGGGUGCGGCUGUGCGAUGACACAGCGGUCUUCCCGAACUGCUCAGCUUCCCAGCGUCACCGAGCAGAGGAGGCUGCACCGUUCCCUCCUCCAGCCGCACCAGGGCCUCCGUCCUGGUCCUUGUCCUCCCCAGCAGGCCCACCGAGGGCUGUGCACCCACCCGUUCUGCGCGGUGACUGGGUGCUGAUGGUUGUGGUUAACUUCCUGCGUUUCAGAAUAAAUCAGCUGAGAAAUCAUGGGUGACGCCCUCGAGUGGGGGACCGCGGGGCGUGCUGAGAUACCUGUGUGACGUUGGCCGCGGCUGCACACCCAGGAGGCCCUGUGGCGGCUGACUUGGCCCAGCCCACGCAGGACCAGGAAGGGCGCGGUGGGGCCUGGAUCCGGACCUGGGCACCCAGUGCCACCUUGGGACAAACAGGUCAGACCCCGGGGGACUGCACCCCUGCUGGGGCUGGUGGGCCCGGGGGGCCCGGGGGGAAAGGCUGCUGUCACCACCCCGUGUCUCAUGUGUGCAACUUCAGUAAACGUGACCUCUGCACUGUG